AUGGCGUCCAACAUUGAGCAGUCACCGUUCUUCCAGCAACGGAAAUCGAAGGGCGAGCUGGUUGUCAAGGAUCCUCCCAAGUUCGACCUAGAAUCAUACAUUGCCAACUAUGCCGGGUUUACACGAAUCGAUCGACUCCAUCACGUUGGCUCUCACUCACCGUACCUUGCUGUCGAUGCAUACCGCCUCGCGAUCGCAGAGGCGAAGAAAGGCAAGAAUGUCAACCUCUACCUUCAACUGGUAGAGGAGAUGGCUGAGAUUGCACCCCAAGACCCUGCAGCUUCGAUGGACACAGUAUGGGCAGAGAAGAAGGCACAAGAGACGCAGCGCGAACAAGACAGGCUAGAGCACGAGCUCAAGUCAUACAAGAACAAUCUGAUCAAGGAGAGCAUACGGAUGGGUAACGAAGACCUUGGCCACUUCUUCUAUGACACAGGCGACUACAGUAGCUCACACAAGGCCUACAUGAAGAUGCGCGAAAGCUGCACCUCGAACAAGCACCUCGCCGACAUGACACUUCGCCUCGUAUACGUUAGUGUUGCGCAAAAGUCAUGGCUGACCGUUCAGUCCAACUUGGCAAAAGUCGACGCAGCGCAGCUCAAGGGCGAAGAAAAGACCAAGCUCGAGCCUAUCGUGUCCGCCUGUACAGGCAUCGCCCAUAUGUGCAUCGGCAAUUUUAAGGAGGCUGCCACAAACUUUCUGGGCACAUCGCCUGCCUUCCUGACAACCGAGCCCGCCGCUGGCAUCGUGUGGCAGAAGGAGGUACUCUCAGGCAACGACGUGGCGGUUUACGGCGGUCUAUGUGCACUCGCAUCAAUGGACCGCAGCGAACUGCAGGCGAAAGUGCUCGGCAACAACGAUUUCAGGAACUUCCUCGAGCUCGAACCUCACAUUCGGCGCGCCAUCAACCUCUUCUGCAACUCCAAAUACAGUGCAUGUCUCGAAGUGCUCGAGGGUUACCGAUGCGACUACCUUCUCGAUGUAUAUCUGUCCAAGGUACUCAGUGCCAUCUACGGCCGCAUCCGAACCAAAAGUAUUGUCCAGUACUUCAUUCCUUUCAGCUGUGUCACCCUUGACGAGAUGUCAUCCAAGUUCCCGGCCGCAGCAGGCAUUACGAUUGAAGAAGAGCUGGAACAUAUGAUUAACGACAAGACGCUUGAAGCACGGAUAGACCUCGUUGAUCGACUUCUCAUCUCCCCACCAAUGAAUCCUCGCUAUGACGUACACGCCGACGCCCUCAAGAUGGCUGAGACGUACGACCACACACUCAGACUGCGCUUGACACGCCUGAACAUGCAGGCUGUUGGUAUGGAAAUCAAGGCAGAGAAAGGCUCGAACGAGAGGAUAAACUCUGGCAUGGGCGAACGCAUGGGCGAAGGACUGAGGGGACUGGGCUCAAAGAUGGGUCUCUCAUAG